AUGAAGGGAGGGAUGGAAAAAGAAAGAAAGGUGAGACAGAAUAGGAAAAGAUUAGAGAGUAACCGAGAUGGUGAGCUGACUUAUUUCGCCGUCGCUGACGACUCCACAGCGCACAUUCAGCGCAUGGUCAGCGCUCAGAGGUCCAACAAGUCCAAGAAGAAGGGCAAAGGUUAUAGAGGGAAACACCUUAAGGUCAAUGUUCAGUCAAGACGGCCAGUGCCAAGUCCCUACAGGAAGACAGGAGGAGGAAGGUUUGGGCCGAAAAUCCAGCGAUACUCUCCCCCCAAAAUGACCCUGUCCAGAACUUCCAUGAUUCCACACCACACAAAGCAGAUGGCACCAGCAAGAAACUUCUCCUCUUCAUUUGAGGUACCACCAAGAUUCCAGAAGACAUCUUCCAAUAUGGCAUCGAGUGUCCCUGCUGCCAAGAGUGCCUCGUCUUCCUCUCUGAAGGUUACGGUGCCCAAUACUAAGAAUGAUAAAGUAUUCGUUAAUUACAAAAGUGCUCUCUAUGAAUAUGCUGCCAAAACCAAGAAGUCUGUUUACUACAACAAAACUGAUUCAACCAAAGUUGGGUUUGUCAGCUCACUGUGUUUGGAAGGUGUGGUUUAUGGGAGUGAGGAUGGGUACAAGAGUAUGAAGGAGGCAGAACAAGCUGCUGCAAUGAAUGCUUGCCAUGCUCUAGGCAUAAAAGUUGCAGGCUCUCCCAGUCCCCCCAGAGUUGUCAGUGUAAGUGGCACAGAAGGUAAAAGUGCUGUAAGUGAAGAAAUCCUGAAGUCCAGAGUAAGACAGGUAAUCCACACAGUAUGA